AUGUUUAAGCCAAAAAGUUAGAAAGAGCAAUAAUAACAGCCAUUUUAUCUAAGUUGGUUUGCUAAUUAAGGGUAUUUGCAUCAGGAGUUAAUUUAGCUUAGAGAAAAUCUUAAAAGAGGAGGAACAGCACCACACCAAUCCCGAAAAGAGAAAUUACCCCUUAAGAGUCCAUAUUAGCAACCAUUGAUCACAGUUUCUCAUUAGGCUCCUAAUCCAUACACUAAAGCAAUGUGAGUAGCACUCUUUCUAAAUUAGAUAGCCUCCUAAAAGUUACUAAAACAACAUCUAAUAGAUCUCAAAAAUCUAUGCCGGUUCAUUUUAAGGAAUGAUGAAGAGAAGGAGCGUUGAAAAAAGGUAUGACGAGGUACCUAAGAGUGGAAGAGCCUCGUGUAAACCAUCUAGAACCUUUACUUAAUAAAACUCAAGAGCAUUUCGCUCCUGUGAACAGCAGAGUAGACCUCAAACAUAAUAAUUAAAUACUUUUGAACCUAAACUAUAAUGUGAUAACAUUGUUGCGUAUAAUUAUGAGGAUCCAUAACUAACACCUAGAGACAAUGAUGAAGUUGAGAUCAUGGAAGUUGAUAAUAUUGAUAUCGAUUCAAAUGAAUCCAAUGAAGCUGACAGUGAAGGAGAUCACAAUCUGCAACUUCCAACUAAACAAUAAGAAGAGCCUCACAUCUAGAAGAACAAAUCAUUUGUAUAAAAACAAUUGGAGGAACCUAUAAUUAGUAUGAGGAAGGCAACUGCCACUCUGAACAGACCAUAAACAUCUGAAGGAGCCCGAAGAAAAAGAUUUGCUAAUUCAACCAAUGAGGUUCAGGAAAACACUACUGAAAAAAAGGAUUCAGAAUUUCAGCUAUUUGAUUGUUAAGCCAAUAUUAUCCAAGAAGAUGAUUCAGAAAAUUAAGAAGUUAUGCCAAUCAUCGCUAACAAUCUGAAUUCACCUAAAGUACCUAUAUCUUUUAUUUAUAGGAUAUCCUCUCAAUCCGAUCAGGACAAAGAAGGAAACCAACCGAUCAUGUACUAGAUAAUUUGGAUAACAAUGAUCGUCCUCCUUCAAGACAUAAAACCCCUCCUAAAGCCACUGGAUUAGAUUUACCUCUUGAGGCUGUCAACUCUUUAGUCAAUCAUGAAAUCCCCAUUAAGAAUAUGUACGCCUAGAUUGAUGAUAAAGGUAAAUUAAUUUGUUUAUUCGAUCUUAGUUAGCAAUAAUUUUAAUGAUGAUCUUGAUGAAUUUGAUCUUGGCUUUUUCAAGAUGAAUAACAAAGUCAACUUUAAUAAAUUUCAAUCCAAAGAUGGAUAUCAUACUGAUGAAGGAAGUAUUAAAUUUAAAUAUCUUUAGAAAAAGCAAACAUCAAUUAUAAGCAUCCUUAGUCAGCUAAUUUAAAAUUCAAUAAUAUUGGAUUAUAAAAUAUAAGCUAUUCCCCCUUAAAUAAUCAAAUUACCUCAGCUCAUGGAUUUAGAGCUAAUGAGCCUUAAAUAGUUAUAAAAUAUAAUAAUAGCUCUUAACUUAAUAAAAAUUAAGCUAAGGUACCUGUUAAAGUCCCCUUUCAAACUUCAUUAGGCUAAGACUUCUUGAGUCUAUUUGCAAAUGAUUGCGCCGACUGA